GCAUCGCCCCCUCGGUGCGGACGUUCACGAGGCUGGCCAAGGGUUUCUGCUCGAUGGGCGAGAUGAAGAAGGCCGAGGGCGUGAUGAAGGAGAUGCGCACCAGCACAGGGUUGGUGCCGGACGAGAUAUUCUACAACACCAUCCUGGACGCUUAUGCGCAGCGUGGCGACCUCAAG